AUGAGUGCAAAAAAAGACAGUGGGAAAGAAGAGAAGCGAAAACGUAUUGAGGAAGACAAGAAGAAGAAAGAGGAGAGAGAACGUAAGAAAAGGGAGGAUGAGAAGCAAAAAGCUGAAGAAGAAAUGAAGAAGAAAGAGGAGGAGGAAAAGAAACAAGAAGAGGAGAACAAGAAAAAGCUCCAAGAGGAGGAGAGCAAGCGACAGCGUGAAGAGGCAGCAGCGCUUCUGAAGGAAAAGGAAGAAUGUCAACAACUACACCAGGAGGCAUGGGAGCGACAUCAGUACAGGAAAGAGAUGCGUAGUAGAAAUCAAAGUGCCCAAGAUUGUCGUCCUGAAGAAGCGUUUUUCAGUCGAUUGGAUUCUAGCCUCAAGAAGAACACUGCUUUUGUCAAAAAAAUUCGAACACUCACUGAACAGCAACGUGACUCGCUCUCUAACGACUUUGGAUCGCUCAAUCUAAGUAAAUAUAUUGGAGAGGCAGCUUGGAAAAAGCACUUUGAAGCCAGGAAAGAGGAUAAGACCCCUAAUGUGAGUAAGCUUCGUACAGACCUGCGCUUCAUAGCAGAGCUCACCGUUAACUUUUUGCGCGAAUACUUUACUUCUCUUGCCAAACAUCUCAAGAAGGACCACAGAGAGCUACAGAACAUUGAGAGACAGAAUCGACGGAUUUUGCAUUCAAAAGGAGAAUUGAGUGAGGACAGACAUAAACAGUAUGAGGAGUUUGCAACUUCUUACCAAAAGCUAUUGGCCAAUACUCAGUCCUUGGCUGAUUUGCUUGAUGAAAAUAUGCCUGAGUUACCUCAAGACAAGACGGUGCAAGAAGAGCACGGCCCUGGAAUUGACAUUUUUACUCCUGGCAAGCCUGGAGAGUAUGACUUGGAGGGAGGAAUAUGGGAAGAUGAAGAUGCCCGAAACUUUUAUGAAAAUUUAGUGGACUUAAAGGCAUUCGUUCCAGCCAUCCUCUUCAAAGAUAAUGAAAAAACUAACCAGGCAAAAGACAAGGAUGACAUCAAAGAUGGUAGAGAGGGAAAGGAUGCCGCUGCUGCGGAGGAGCUUGAGUUGGAAUUGGAGGCUCUGGAUAUUGCAGAUGAACCACUCGAUUUGGAGGGACCCGAAGAAACAGAAAAUGAAGAACUUGCCAAAAAACUUAUGGAUGACCAAGAACAAGAAGAUGAAGAGGCCAACACCGGCUCACACCUGAAGCUCAUUGUAGAUGCUUUCAUCCAGCAGCUUCCCAACUGCGUGAACAGAGACCUCAUUGAUAAGGCUGCAAUGGACUUUUGUAUGAACAUGAACACCAAGGCUAACAGGAGGAAAUUGGUUAGGGCUUUAUUUACAGUCCCUCGGCAAAGACUUGAUUUGCUACCAUUUUAUUCUCGCUUGGUAGCCACUCUUCAUCCUUGUAUGUCGGAUGUGGCUGAGGACCUUUGUUCCAUGCUAAAGGGGGACUUCAGAUUUCAUCUUCGUAAGAAGGACCAGAUAAAUAUUGAAACCAAAAACAAAACGGUCAGAUUCAUUGGGGAACUGGCCAAGUUCAAGAUGUUUUCUAAAACUGAUACACUUCAUUGUCUUAAGAUGUUGCUUUCAGAUUUCACUCACCACCACAUUGAAAUGGCAUGUACACUGCUCGAGACCUGUGGAAGAUUCCUCUUUAGGUCACCUGACUCUCAUCUGCGCACUAGUGUCCUUCUGGAACAAAUGAUGCGCAAAAAGCAAGCUCAGCACUUGGAUUCCCGUUAUGUAACAAUGGUGGAAAAUGCUUACUAUUACUGUAAUCCCCCUCCAAUUGAGAAAGCAGUAAAGAAAAAGAGACCUCCGCUGCAGGAAUACAUCCGCAAAUUACUUUACAAAGAUUUAUCCAAAGUCACGACUGAGAAGGUUUUAAGGCAGAUGCGAAAGUUGCCCUGGCAAGACCCGGAGAUCAAAAGCUACCUGAUCUGCUGCAUGGUCAACAUUUGGAAUGUCAAAUAUAACAGUAUCCACUGUGUGGCCAAUCUACUGGCUGGACUGGUGGCUUACCAAGAAGAUGUGGGUAUUCAUGUGGUAGAUGGAGUCCUUGAGGACAUUCGACUGGGAAUGGAGGUCAAUCAACCAAAAUUCAACCAACGUCGCAUAAGCAGUGCCAAGUUUCUUGGUGAACUCUAUAACUAUCGUAUGGUGGAUCCAUUGGACCCUCCAGAACACCUGUUCCGUAUCCGCCUGGUUUGUACGUUGCUUGACACUUGUGGUCAAUACUUUGAUCGAGGCUCCAGCAAAAAGAAGUUGGACUGUUUCCUCAUAUAUUUUCAGAGGUACAUUUGGUGGAAGAAGAGUGUGGAUAUUUGGAACAAAGACCACCCGUUUCCUAUCGACAUAGACUACAUGAUCACUGAUACUCUGGAACUGCUGCGCCCCAAAAUGACACUCUGUGGCUCCCUGGAAGAGGCCAGUAAGCAGGUUACUGACCUGGAAAGAGAGGUGCUGGUCAAACUAGGUAUGGCCAUGGAGAAGGAUGGUCGCUCGAGCGCCAUGAGUGAAUCUGAAGCUCUUGAUGAGGAGGAUGAUGAUGACGAUGAAGAGGGUGGUGCUGAGACUGAGGAGCAGUCUGGCAACGAAAGUGAAAUUAAUGAACAAGAAGAAGAUGAUGUUUCAGACAAUGAUGAAGAAGAACAUGAAGAGGAGGAUGAGGAGAACACUGACUACCAAACAGAUUCCAACAAAGAAAAUGAGACCGAUGAAGAGAACAAUGAGGUGACUAUCCGUGGUGGAGGACUAAAGCAUGUGGCCUGCGCUGAAGACGAGGACUUUAUACAGGCUCUGGAUAAGAUGAUGCUGGAAAACCUUCAACAGCGUAGUGGUGACGCAGUGAAGGUGCACCAGUUGGAUGUGGCCAUUCCCCUGCAGUUGAAGAGCCAGUUGAAAAAGGGUGUUGCUGGGGCCCCGUGUAUCGAAGAAGGAGAUGGGGAAAUAUCUGACACUAUGCAAUUUGUCAUGCUCACACGCAAAGGCAACAAGCAGCAGUACAAGAUUCUAAAUGUGCCGCUGUCAUCGCAUCUGGCAGCAAACCACUUUAAUCAGCAGCAGGCAGAACAAGAGGAGCGCAUGAGAAUGAAGAAACUCACCUUGGACAUUAAUGAACGACAGGAGCAGGAGGACUACCAGGGUAGUCAAGAAAUGAUGCAGUCCUUGGCUCAGCGUCCAGCCCAAGCGAACACCAACAGAGAGCGCAGGCCUCGUUAUCAGCACCCAAAAGGGGCACCUAAUGCAGACCUCAUCUUCAAAACCGGUGGAAGGAGACGUUGA